AAGCGCUCUCUCUCUCUCUCUCUCUGUGCGGACGCUGUAAUUACACGGAGAUGCUGCUAUCUUCUGCCUCAUGAACGGGCUCCUCUUCACUGCCUCUCUGCUAUUGAUCAGGUCGAUCUUCUUCCGUUGCACGCGAAGAUCCUGCGGCGACGGACGGCUGUGCCUCUGGCCCUGCAACCUCGCCUGUCUCGCCCAAGAGGGCUUUCUCAGCACUAAUCAUCCGUCCGUGUUGACGCUGACCCCCUUCCUUCACCUCGCCAUCGUCUCAUCUCUCUUCCGCUGCGGAUGCCUUUCAUUCACCUCAAUGCUUCCUCGCCGCCUGUCUUCACCCGCUGAAAAGGAGAUGUAUCACCUUUGAUCCUGCUGUUCUGUUCCUCCCGACCGGUACUAUCCCAGUCGUCAUUCCCACGCAGCACGGAAGACGUGCGAACCUUUUUCACCCUCUGCUAUUUCCUCCCUGACGCCCAUCUCCAUCCCAUCUCCGAUCCGCUGCGUGUCAUAAUUGACAUCACGAAGACUCUCUCUGUGGAAACCCAGUCUCUUCUUUCCGUCUUUCCUUCGAGUCUUCUCUGGCAACGUAGGAGAUAAUCGACACCGACGACCUCGACCUCCCCGUUCCCACUGCAGUCCUCAUUCCUCCCUCUUAUUUUUUUUUAACCUCCUUUUCCUCAGGGUCCCGCUUCUCGUGCGACCAACAGUCCCCUGGCACUCGCCAUGUCAACGCCCACUACGGCUACGGCGACUCAUCCCUCGCAUCACCAGCGCUACGGGUACUCUCACCAUCAGGCGUACCAGCCAACCACAUCGUAUCCGACCUCUACCGCCGAUGCCGCUCGCCUAGCCAACUCGUACGCCUACGCCGUCCACAACCCCCUUCCGACUAAUACCACUCUCUCAUAUACUCCAUCUUCCAAGAUGGUGCCCACGGGCUCCGUUCCGAACGCAGUAUCCUCGACGUCGAGCGUAUCCUGUUCUGUCGGUCGCAGUGGAGGGAAGAAGAAGCCGGACUGGGGCGAGUUCUACAAGAAUGGUAUACCAAAGGAAGUCAUCGUCAUUGAUGACAGUCCGGAGCCGUCAAAUACGGUCUCACGAAGUACCGUUGCCGUUGCGAAUGCGAACGGCAGUCAGGCACAGCCUGCUGGCAAAAGAAGAAAGACAGGCCUAGAGUCGAAUUAUGACGUUGUAUAUUACGAUCGUCCGUCGUAUUCUAUCAACCCUCAACCCUACGGGGAAGAUUCAUCGGCGGGAUCAAUCUCGACCGAUCGGACGACCUCAUUACACACUACCGCUCCAACCUCUCUUGGGUCCCAUGGGAGCUCCGGUGCGAGUGCUGGGAUUUACUAUGAAGAUGCCAAUGUUGGCCAAAAGAGGAAGCGUGUUACCACUCGCAAGUCCGCUCGGGACGAGCAGAAACGACGGGAGUUGGAAACUUUUGGGGAUGCCUUCUUGAGCUAUAUCCCCCCUCCUAACCCACCUAUCAAGGCCAAGGAAGUGCCUGUACCGGUGAUUCGUGAUUACGGUCCUAGAGAAAAAUUCGAUGACGACGAUGGCCACUAUAUCGUGACUCCAGAUGCACCCCUAACCGAUCGAUAUUCCAUUAUUAAAUUACUCGGCCAAGGCACCUUUGGGAAGGUGGUUGAGGCCUACGAUAAGCACCGGAAGACACGCUGCGCAGUGAAAAUCAUUCGUUCGGUACAAAAGUACCGCGACGCAUCGAGGAUUGAACUGCGUGUGCUGUCUACGCUGGCUUCCAAUGAUAAGGAGAACCGCAACAAAUGCAUCCACUUGCGGGAUUGCUUUGACUUCAGAAAUCAUAUCUGCAUCGUCACAGAUCUACUGGGGCAAAGUGUGUUCGAUUUCCUCAAGGGUAACGGUUUUGUACCUUUCCCCAGCACCCAGAUCCAAAAUUUUGCUCGCCAACUCUUUACUAGCGUCGCAUUCCUUCAUGAUCUUAACCUCAUACACACCGACUUAAAACCCGAAAAUAUUCUUCUAGUCAGUAAUGCCUACCAGACUUUCACCUAUAAUCGAACAAUUCCGUCAUCCUCCCACGCCACCUCCAGGAAUGCUCGCCAGAGGCGUGUACUGCUGAAUAGUGAGAUCCGGCUGAUUGACUUUGGCUCUGCCACGUUCGAUGACGAGUAUCACUCGUCAGUCGUCUCCACCCGGCACUAUCGUGCUCCGGAGAUCAUUCUCAAUCUCGGGUGGAGUUUCCCUUGUGACAUUUGGAGUAUUGGAUGCAUCCUCGUCGAAUUCUUCACAGGGGAUGCACUGUUCCAAACACACGACAAUCUAGAACACCUCGCCAUGAUGGAAGCCGUUAUUGGCCGCAGGAUAGAUGCCAAGCUGGUCAGACAGGUAAUGCAAGGAGGACGGAACGGACAUCAGAAUCAAGCAGCCAAAUACUUCAACAGAAGCAAACUCGACUAUCCUAAUGAAGAGACAACAAGGUCAUCAAGAAAAUAUGUGAGGGCUAUGAAACGGCUGACGGUACGACUGUGCCCUUGAUCCUCCUGCGAGGCCAACUCGCUAACUCUCAAUGAAGGAUUUUAUUCCUACGAAUACACCUUUCAACAGACAGUUUCUGGACCUCCUGCAGCGGAUCUUUGUUUACGAUCCUAAAAGCCGAAUCACGGCCAAGGAGGCAUUGAAGCACCCUUGGUUUAAGGAGUCACUUAUUGAUGACGGUACUGAGGCUCUCCGGAUCGGUAUGCAGCUGCAGCGCAACGGCCGUGCCUGACCUUUGACCCUACUGUCCGUGCCAGACUAUCAUCCCUGCUGGGGGUAAUUUGGUUAUUCUUACGGCCGUUGAACGGUCCUGUUAUUUUCUCUUGCCCGUGAAGCAAGCACGCUUUAACUGUGUAGGGUACGGCAACGGAUGGAUGGCUUGGUUUGAAUGGCAGUCAUCAAGCAUGGUACAGUGGCACGUCCAGUGCUGCAGCUGAUCCUUGCUUGAAAAAGCAACGGCUUGAUUCAGUGUCUCAUUUACUUUGAUUCAUCUGCAUUACCUGUUUGUGUAGGCGCUCCUUGACUGUCAUGUGGAAGGGAGGGAAAUGGAGACAGGAAUUGAGUCUUACUUACAAUGGAAGGGGGCCCGUGGCUUUUUCUUUUUAUCUUGCCGUUUUAUUUCUGCUGAGGCCAGGCCGGACUAGGGGGCUUUGUGUGGGAUUACCUUUUUCUUCCUUCCUUUCACUCUUAUUUCUCAACAUCCUUGAUAUGAUUUGAUUGACUUUUUAUGUUUUUAUGGGGCGCUGGUGAUAUGAUACGGGCUUUAUAUCGUGCAUAGGCUUUUUUUCAUCAUCUACCUGGUAACGCGGCGCUGGUCGUAUCCCGGCCAAUGUCUCCUUCUCGUUUACACAUUUUUCCUUUUAUUCCGUGAUUUACGGCCUGCAUUUUCUUUUGCUUUAUUCCCCGGAUUACAUUACACUAUCCAUGCCUUCCCUUAGUUUUUUGCCUUUUUGAAUUCUUUCGAGAAUUUCUUCUUUUGUUUCCUCCCCCUUCCUCCUCGCCUUGGGUUUUCUUUUUUUUUUCUCUUUUGUGUUAACGGCCAUCUGUCGAGCAGGCUGGAAUGGUAUGAAUGGAUCAGGAAUAUGAGAGGGACUAAUGGAAUAAUACCCAUCCAUGGCUGGCGACAAAGUAGUCGAAAAGCAGCAGUCAGGUUAUAUCAACUGUGCAGAUUCUUUC